AUGGCACGAUCACGCGUGUCUCCUCCAGUUGAGAGCCCGACUAUACCAAAAAAGCUCACCGCCGAGCAGCUCGCUUCUUACAAGAAUAAUGGUUAUCUCCUCAUCCCCAACGCCCUUUCUCCCACCACUGUCUCCGCUCUUCUUUCCGAAACAAACCACAUGCUCUCCUCUUUCUCCCUUACCGACCAUCCCAUGACCAAGUUUUCCACCGGCGAAAAAGACUCACACGUUGGCGACGACUACUUCCUCACUAGCGGUGACAAAGUACGCUUUUUCUUUGAAGAAGACGCAUUCUCCACCACUGGGGAAUUGACGAAGGCAAAGCACCGGGCCAUAAACAAGAUAGGACAUUACCUACACGAACUGUCUCCGCAAUUUCGCAAGGCCACAUUCACACCGUUGCACAGGGAGAUAGCCAAAGCGAUGGGGUUCAAAGAUCCAAGGGUACUUCAGAGCAUGAUCAUUUGCAAACAACCCGAGAUUGGAGGACGGGUGCCACCGCAUCAGGAUAGCACAUUUUUAUACACGGAUCCGCCAAGUGCGGUGGGAUUCUGGAUUGCACUUGAGGAUGCCACGAUAGACAAUGGGUGUCUAAGCUUUGCCAAAGGCUCGCACAGAAGGGCGCCUGUGACAAGCAGAUUUGUGAGGAAAGAGGGGGGAGGGACGGGGUUUGAUGAUGUGGCAGGGGCGAAGUUCCCGGAGAAUUUGGAAACCCAAGAGCUGGAGAAGGACGAGGAGGAAGAAUAUGAGCUGGGCGAGGUUAAGGCAGGGACGCUGGUACUUAUACAUGGGAACCUGCUGCACAAGAGCGAAAGGAAUUUGAGUGGGAAGAGUAGGUUCAUUUAUACAUUUCAUGUCAUUGAAGGCGAGAACGAUUAUGAUGGUAGGAAUUGGUUGAAGCCUCCUGAGAAGGGGUUUACGAGGUUAUAUGAAUCGUCAUGA